GUAGUGAUGCCCACAGUAGAAGCUGAUGUGGCAUUUGGUCUUGGAAAGUUCAAUUUGACAAAUGACGAGGUUAGAUCCAGGGUUUCUAAAGCUUUGGAUGCUGUUGGUAUGUCUAACUAUCUGAAGAGGUCUGUUCAAACUCUCAGUGGUGGUCAGAAGCAGAGGGUUGCAAUUGCUGGUGCUUUAGCUGAAACUUGCAAAGUAUUGUUACUGGAUGAGCUCACAACUUUUUUAGACGAAAGCGAUCAGUUCGGGGUAAUUAAAGCGGUUAGAAAUUCUUUGGAUAGUUCUGAGGAAGUUACAGCAUUGUGGGUGACCCAUCGUUUGGAAGAACUCGAGUAUGCAGAUGGUGCUGUCUAUAUGGAGAAUGGGGAAGUUGCCUUACAAGGUGAUGCAGCAAGUAUAAUGAGUUAUAUUAGAGCAAGGCAAUCUGCUUACAUCAAACAGAUCAACUCUUGAAAAACAUUUUUUUGUCUACUUAAAGUGGAUUUUAUGUUACCCCUUUUCUUCUGCAAGAGCAGGCUUUUUCAUCAUCUUUGUAAUGGGCAGAAUGGUGAUGCAUUUUUAUUUAUUUAUUUAUUUUUGAGAGUUUUUAUUGGAAGGAAAUUGGUAUUUGUCCAAACAAGGGCCAUUUCUCAUUCA